AUGGCAUUCCCCAUUUUUGGUUCAUUGUUUCCUUCCACUGGUGACCACAUCUCCGGUGUCUUCGAAGUGCAGAGCGAGCUGGAUGCGAAGCUCUACUCCUGUCUUCGUCUUCCCAGGCAAACUCCUGUGUUGAUUGAAGGUGCGGAACUUAUCUUUGGCAAGAUUAGUCUCUAUGAUGCUUUGGUGUGUAACACAGAGGACGUUUUGAUGCUUUCCAUCACACAUGACUCAUGGUGGACACAUGUGCCUGACUUGGGGAAUUGCCUUUCUCCAUGCCUCAUUGACCUGUGUGCUGGAACAGGGGCCAUGAGCAUUGGAGCUUCCUUUUUAGGAGCUGUUCCCAUGGUUGCGGUUGAUUGGAAUCCUUUUGCAGUAGCCCAAAUUAGUGCCAAUCACAAAGGGUCAGUUUUGCAGUUGGACCUUUCGGCGCCUGAUGCUGCCAAGCGUAUCCAUCAAGAAUGUCAAGAACCACCUGGCACGGCUCUCAUGGGAUUUCCAUGCCAGCCACAUUCUUUUCAAGGAUCCCAACGAGGAACUGCAGACCCACGUGCUGAAGUCCUAUGGCAUGGACUUCACAUUGUGUUUAUGACCCAGGUCCAGACACUGAUCCUGGAGUGCACCCCCGCUGCAGGUCAAAAUCCUGAAGUUCGUGCAGGUCUUGACCUACUUGCUGAUGCCAUGGGAUGGGUUGUCCUAACCACCACACUGGACCUCCAAGACCUAUGGCCAUGCAGGCGACACAGAUGGUGGGCUCUCCUCAUCCCCAAGCAUUGGAAUCAAAUUGGCCUCCAACCAUGGAAUCUUCAAUCUCCUUUCGAUCACGUGGGGGCAAUCAUUCCCAAUUGGGGCUGUUGGACUCUCUCAGAAGAACUUGAACUUCAACUGACCCAGUUUGAAUUGGAGCGAUUCCAUGAUGUGCAGUAUGGACACGAUGUGAGACUUUUGGACUUGCAAGGGAAAGCCUCCACCAUUUUGCAUUCAUACGCCAACGCUCUUGGACCUUGUCCAUGUGGCUGCCGCUCUACAGCCUUUCAUGAAAUCACUUUGCGACGAGGGGGCCUCAGAGGAUUUUAUGUCAUCUCCAGAAAGACAGGAUUGCCACGAUACUUGCAUCCAAAAGAAGCUGGUCUUUUGUUGGGCCUACCAAAUUCGACUCAAUAUCCCAAUGACUUGCGUACUAGUUUGGCACUCCUUGGACUUGUAGCUUCGCCAAUCCAAACCUUGUGGAUCUAUGGACAUCUCAAACAGAACCACUCAUUGACCAUGAACAAAGAUCCAAUGCCAGCCGUUGAAGAUUGGAUGUGGCUUUACCUCCAAGAACUGCUGGCACAGAUCAACUUUGACUUUGGGGAUGCCAUUCCGCCGACCCAUACCAUUGCAGUUCAUGCGUUUGGUGCUGCACUGGACCUCUCAUUGAGCCACAAUGGUGCGACAGUUCAACAACUUCUUCAAGCUGAACGCAUUUCACUAGGCUGGAAUGAGAGUUGCACUAUAUGGGCAAACAACCAACGAUUGACCAGAGCUGACAAACUCCUGGAAUACUUCACGGGCAAUCUGGAAAUUCGUUGUCAGAGUGGCCUACCAAAUCGAACCAUGCCACAGCAGCCAAUUGCCCUAGCGGUGCAACACAGAGGGGAACUUCAAGUUCAUUUUGUACAACCGGGGCGCUUUCUGUUCGAGAUCUUGGCUGAGAUGAGCUUGCCAUUGAUUCGCAAAGUCCUUGAUGUACGUGGACACGUUCUUCCAGUUGACCUUCGAGUAUGGCAUCCGAUGAGUGUCAUCACACUUGAAGACCAACCUUGGACCCAACCACAGGGUCAUUUUCGCUGGGCAAAUGGCGGUCACUCAGCACUCAGUGGACUUCACGAUGGACAAGUUUGGAAUGGCAUCCUUUCUUUGCUUCACGAGACUCAUCAUCCAGCCAAACAUGCACUCCUGAUUCACCCUGCACUUGCAGCUGCGAUUCAACAUGAUUGGAUUACCAUCUUGCACUCGAAACAGCUGCAACUGGAUUUUGCAAAUUCCUCCGGCCACAUCAUUUGCAUCUUUGAAUCACGAGGACAUUGGACUCUCUUGUGGGGCGAAUUGCACCAUGAUGGACUUCAUUGGAUCCACAGCGAUGGACUGCUCUAUGUCAAUGCGACAGAAGCCUUGGACUUGGCCAGCUCCAUCUCCAGCGUCCUGGGUUUGGAUUUUUACCCACCAUGUCAUUGCUGCUGCACUCCUCAGAUUGACCUUCACACUUGUGGCACCAUUGCGCUGGUUCAUCUUUAUCAGUUUUUGACACCAGGCACUUGGAUUUCGCCUGAACGUGUAUGCCAACUACAUGAUUGGAUCACGCACCAGCAGUCCACAAACGGCGUCAUCUAUGCAACUGGGGUCAUCCAUGAAUGGCAAACAGAUCAACCACGACUUGGUCUCCAUGAGGAACACAUUUGGUUUGGGAUGCAACAACUCCUUACUGCAGCGGAUAGACAUGAUGGAACAUUGCUUGUACUUCAUCCAGCGCAAGUCCAUGAACUUUUACAAGGUCACCCAGCCAAUAUGCAACUGUCACAUCUGAGCGCAUCCUUUGAGGAGGAGAUAGCUUGCAUCUUCGCAGCACAGGGGCACUGGACUUUGCUCCACGGCCGCCUCAUUGGCCAUGUGCUGCUUUGGACUUACUAUGACGGAUUCAACAUCAAUGAAGAUGCGGCAUUCCACCUUGCCAAAGUGUUUGUGGAUCUCCUUGGGUUUGGAUUUUACCCUCCACAAUUGGACUUUGGACUUCCACAGAUUCAUGCGCACACUUGUGGCACAAUCGCUUUGGCAAACUUCGGGGGGCUUCUGAACCUUGGAUUUGUGGUUCUACCCUCAUCCAUUUCUCUUGUACACGACUGGCUCCUUAGCUUGUCACUUCCUCAAGGGAGCACAAUUGCCUUUGGGCUUACUACUCUCAGCACGGAUCAAUUUGCCAAGUUGACAGCUCUGUUGAUUGCUCAUGGAGUACCUGAACCAAAAGCCGCUGAACGUGCCAACCAGGCUAUCCAGAAGCUCGGAGUCCCUGCUAUCUUGGCAGCCUUUGUCGCAAAGAACAACUGGGCUCAUCUCAAGCAACAAGCAAACAAACCAGGGAUCACCUUUCGCCUUGUUCAACCUGAUGAGCUUGCUCAGCAUGCUGAGAAGAAUGCGAUCACAAAGUACGGGGCAGGCAUCUCCAAUCACAAGAACAAGAAGAAGCAAGACAAAGUAGCUUCUUCGACACCCACCUUUGACCCUGAGGCACUUGUCCUGCAACAAGGUAACUUCAAAGACUCAGAUGGUGACGAGGUUCCUCAGAUUCAAUUCAGCCAAAUUGAAGCUGAAGCACAUGGCAUUGCCAUAGCAACUCGUCAACAGAGUCUUCAAUGGCUGCAACAACAGGACUCCAUCAGUGCUUCGGCACUUGCGCUGCUGGUUACUGAAGAGCUGCCACUGGAGAUGCUGGAAAAAUACAAUGCCACCAAGGUUUCUUUUCCAGCUACCUACAAAGGCACUGGCGAACCGGUCCUCAUCUUCGGCACGAUCAAGAAUUUGGGUGACCAAAAAGUCAACAGACACAUGGCAGGCAACCUGACUCAGAUCGACCUGGUCGACAAUGUCGUUGUUCGACUCCAUGUGUAUCGUGAUGAACUCCAACUACAAUGGACAGAAUUGAUUCAAUCUCCAGUGCGGCUUUUACACAAGAUGCUUCCACCGCUCCAGCUCUGUGCCGGGCUAGGAUGUGGAGCAGAGUGCCCCAAAACACACCAACCAAUUGGGGAACAACUUGAGUCUGUGAUCAUGGAAGUAUGGGGCAGGUCCUUUGGACGCAUUGAAGGGGGCCGAGCUCCUGCGAAUGAGGCUUCAUACUUUUCAGUUUUUCUACGAAUUCCUGCCACAGUGCUCAGACCUUUGCUCCAAACCUCCAUUGCUGGUCUUUACUUUGAUCCCCGAAAAGACCAACAACCUGAUGAUCAGUUCAGAGUCAUCUGGCUGCCCUCACACUCCGCAGCUGAAGCAUCUCAUGCCAACAAAACAUGUGCCAAAGCCCUUGGACUCGUACGUAUGCGACAGAAAUAUGGAGUACGGGUUGCGACUGAGGAUGAGGAGUCUGUCUUCAAGCAGCUCAAGCCUGAAGCUGGAAUCUCAUGGCAAGUUGGUUCUUCAGAGCCUCCUCCUACAACCAUCUUCACAAGCUUUGGCAAAGAAGUUCUGAUUACUGAAACCACCAAGACGCCAACUGCCACACGGCCGGUGACCUUCUUGGCUUCAAACAAGACCCAACAUCACAUGCGCACUGAAGCCACUACCACGGCAAGCUCCUCCUCAGGCACAGACCCAUGGCUUGAACCUACGGAAGACCCCUGGAGAACCUGGAAGUCGCCAGCCAGUUCUGCAGCAGCGCUCAAGCCUGCUACUGGCAAAACACACCUCGCUGAGAUGAAGGACCAACUGCGAGAUGAACUUCGAGCUUCCAUACGCAAAGAGUUCACCGACCUUCAGCAGCACAAAGAGGUUGAUAUGGAAGACUCAGAGCACAAUGCCAAUGAAGAGCGUUUUCGCAAGAUCGAACACACCAUGGGCGAAAUUCAAGCGCAGCAAACUCAGUUCAACCAGUGGUUCACUCAAGUUGGGCAGGCUACUUCUGCCACGGAGACGGCUAUCCAGACCAUCAACUACACUCUGAGCACUCAUCAGCAAGAUCUUCAAGGUCUCCAUCAAGAAGUUCAGAAGGUAUCUGAUACCUUCAGCCAAACCCUGCAGAAAACGCUUGCCAGUCAUCAAUCCGAGAUGUCAGCGGACUUUGCUACUCGCUUUGACAAGCUUGAGGCCAUGUUCGCCAAGAAGCAACGCAGUCCUCCUCUUUUUACAGGUCUCUGUCGAUGGAUUUUCCUUUUGAUGGUCUUUCCCAUCUUCCUGGUUCAGAGUUCCAGCAUUGAAUCAAUGGACUAUUCCAAUGACAUCGAGCCCUACAUGUGUUCCUUCGAUGUCCAAAUGCCCUUCUCACCUUGGGACACAGGCUUGAAUGGACUACGAAUCGGUGAAGCACUUCACCCAGGACCAGAAGGUCUGCUGACUAUAGGCACAACGAACCCAGGAGGACUCCGGGGAAAAGAACUCCUUGCUGUUGAACAAGGCAGCGGAAUCUGGAGUUACUCUGAGACACAGCUCCCCAAAGUGACGCAGCAAUCAGCGGCCAAAUCUUUGAAGUGGCAUGCUAGCCAACAAAGUCGUCAUCUACGAGUCCAUUUUGGUGCACCAGCUCCACUACGAGCACGUUCCUCAUGGGCAGGUUCUUGGACUGGGGUCGCAUGCACAAGCGAUUUUUGUUCCAAAGCCUUGCAAAUUGAUUGGCCUGAUGAGCUCUGGGCCUCUGGCCGUAUAUUGGCCACUCAGCACUACGUCAGUGGCCAUGUGAUCACCAUGGUCAGUUUUUAUGGGCUUCCUCGUGGUCCUACUUGGCCAAAGGCAACCACAUUGACGAAUGACUUUUUGAAUAGUGUCACCAAAGAGUUCGUCAUUGGAUUGCCUGGCAUUGUCAUCAUCGCAGGUGACUUCAAUUUUGGACCACGUGAGCUACCCUGUUUUGACACCUGGCGAGCUUAUGGCUAUCAAUCGGCACAAGACAUGGCUCAUGACAGGUGGGCACAAGCUGUCACGCCAACCUGCAAAGGCAGUACUGAACGAGACCUGCUUUGGCUCUCACCCAUGGCAUCGGCUCUUUGUGCCAAAGUUGAAGCCAAAUAUGACAAGACGAUGAAGGCCCUUUUUCAAGAUUUGCGCAAGCCUCGACCUGACCAGGUUGCGUUUAUGCCUACACUUCCUUUGACUUUGCCACCGUUGACUGUGGAUGACUGGUUGGGCUCGGUUCGAAGGUUUCGACCCACAGCAGCACGUGGAGCAGAUGGACUGUUUGAUGGCCCUUUUUCGAAACUGCUGGCCUUACUCAAUGGUAUUGGAUGGGAAAUCCUGGAACCACCAAUGCUCCGCGACCAUGAUGGAUGUGAGUUUGACCUUUUCCAACUACCUCGCGGGGCAUUGGAUCUACUGUUGCAAGAUGCAUGGUUCCAGCAUAUCGCUACCAGAACCAACCACAAGACUAUGCAAGACCUCACUGGACUUGACAUUGCUUUGACUCGCCUUGAUCAUGACAAGCAGAUAGCAGCUGAUGUAACACGUGUCAAAGCCCUUCAAACCGGAGCCUUCGUCUCUGGAUGGCAACAUGCGAAGUAUGACACAACAAAACAACCUGUGUGCCAACUUUGUAUGCAACCGGAUACCCAAAAGCACUGGCUACGCUGCCCACGAUUCGAUGAGUUGCGUGCAGAGUGUCCUGACCUACUCUCUUGGAUCGACGAUGCUCCUUCCUGCGUGGUGCUGCAUUUGCUGGCUCCUAGAUCGCCUUUCGCAUUGCUGCUGAAGCGCUACUUUCUGGACCUGCCAGACUUGAGCAAGUGCUUUCAUAGCCUUCCUAGGACCGGGAUUAGAAACCAGUUGUUUACUGAUGGUUCUUUUUUCAAAGGGUUUGUUUUUAACCUGGACAGAGCUGCGUGGGCUGUCGUGAAUGCCAGCACCAACCAGACCAUCAGCUAUGGGUGCGUUCCUGGCAUUCUUCAGACGAUUGGCAGAGCUGAACUCCUGGCCAUUAUUUCUGCGGUUGAAUGGACUGUUGCUCACGACACCCUGAUUACUAUUUGGACAGAUUCGGCCAGUACCUGCAGUAGAGCUAAUCUUCUACUUCACCAACCACGGGCUGCAUUCCUCGCGGGCGAAAACCAUGAUCUCUGGCAGCGAUUAGCUGGGGCGCUUGAGCGGACUGCCUUUGAACAGGUCAUCAUUUGCUGGACUCCUUCACACAUUGAUGUUGCAUGCUGUGAUACCUCCCAGGAGGAAUUUCUGGCUACAUGGAAUGACAUUGUGGAUACCCUUGCAGUGACCACUAACAGGGACCGUGGCUGUUUUUUUGCACAACUGGCUGAGGAAGCAGAAGCCUACUACCAGCUCUGGCAACACCGUCUGCAAAGUUUGCGGAAGUUUUACUUGAAGAUUGCGGAAGUCAAGAAAGAAGAGAUAGACACAAUCGACUUGACCUUUGAACCUGCUCAGGAAAUUCAGCGAGUUUCUGACACUUCACUUGGAGAUGCCCUUCCUGUGAAUUGGCAGCAUACUCUGAGACACAGCAGUGACGCCUUGAACCGGCAUGAAGCUGGCAUUUCCUAUCCUGUUGACGGUUUGCUUCUAUCGAUGUCACCAGAGAUUGCAGCAAACAUCUGUGCUGCUUCUGCAAAGUUCUUUGGACCAAGGAUGCUGCGAAAGGCGGCAGACUUGGCAAAACCUGUGGCGUAG